AUGCCGUUCACCUUGACCCCUGCCUUGAAAUCGACUGCAGAUAUUAUUCUGUGCUGUUCGGAUGGUGUUCAAUUCGUUGUGCAUUCCGCAGUCAUUCGAUAUGCAUCAGCAAGCUUUGCUGAGACAUAUGACCUCCCAGCCAAAGUGGAAAUUGAACAUCUGCGUGUCAAUAUUUACGAGACCAGCUCAGUGAUGGACUUUUUACUUUCGAAGAUCUAUGGCCUGCCCCCUUCUUCGGAGCCAACUAAUAUCGAUAUCCUCAUAGCAAGAAUGAAGGUUGCAAGCACCUUCAACAUGCACGAAAUUACGAAUGAUCGCAAGGUGGAGUUGCUUGGGACGGAUUACUUGUACCGACGUCCUCUGGAUCUAUUGGCAAUUGGCAUGGAUCACCACCUUCCGGAGCUGGUGGGCCAAGCCAUCGAACAGACUUUCAAACUCUCCGAAGACAAGCUGUUGAAUAGUCCAAUGCAGAUCCUCCCAGCCAAUGUGCCUUCUCGUCUUCUUACCGCUCGUCACGACAGGGCUAGGGCCAUCCACUCUCGUCUGGAAGGCUUCAUUUCUGGACCCAAUCGCGAAGUCUAUGGCCUGCCCACUUGUCCGAGGUGUCAAUCGACUCAUCCGUGGCUGGUGUCUUGGAUUGCUGCUGUCAAGCUUGAGCUGCUUGAUUUGCCAACGACUUCUACCAUAUUCAGUCCCGCAUUUGUCAACAAUGUGCAAGAUGACUAUAUUCAACAUUGCGACUGCAGGGUCGAUGCCAAUACUUCCAGCCACGAAAUGAUGAACAAGCUGAAGGCUAUCAUAGAUCCAGAGUUCCCGAUCCCCACAAGCUGGGAUUUCUGA